CCCGAUCGGCGUUCUGACUUUUCAUCGAGUUUCUGGAAAAUACGCCGGCAACUUUUUUCGCGAAUCAUCGUCAACGGAGCUCGCCAUUUUUAUCGCCCGGAAGGAAAUAACAACGGUCUCAGUCGUGCAUUAAACGAGUAAACAAAAAAUAUGGAUUGCCCGAUCAACGACGCCGAGCUGGGCAAGCUGAAAACGUUCCUCACGUUUUGCCAGAAAACGCCGCAGCUGCUGAAUCUGCCACAGCUGGCGUUUUUCAAAAACUUCAUCGAGAGCCUCGGCGGAAAAGUGCCGGAAGGGAUGCCGAAUUUUGAAAACCUAGCCGGGGCCGCGACUGGAGGAGCCACCAAAACGAGCAGCAGCGCUUCGGCUCACAGCACCACCGGUGGUUCGGCAGCGGACUCCACGACGGACGCCCCGGAAGUUCCGGAUUCGGAUCCCGAGUCCGAUCUUGAGCUGGACAACGAGGGAUGCGUGGAACCGGACAGCGAAGCCGAUCAGCCGAUGGGAGAUGCGAGCAAGGAACCCACAGAGGAGGAGUUUGAUCAAGCGAACGAUCUGCGUUCCCAGGCGGCCGCUGCGUACGGUGAGCAGAAGUACGACGAAGCAGUCAAACUAUUCACCGAGGCCAUCCAGCUCAAUCCGAAGAGUGCACUGUAUUACGCCAAGCGCGGUCAAGCGUAUCUGAAGCUACAGAAACCGAAUGCCUGCAUCCGCGAUUGUGAUCGUGCACUCGAAAUCAACCCCGACUCGGCCACAGCGUACAAGUUCCGCGGUCGCGCGAACCGUCUGCUUGGUCGGUGGGAAGAAGCUGCCAAAGAUCUGCGCCAGGCGUGUAAGCUGGACUUUGAUGAGGAAGCGGACGAGUGGCUGAAGGAGGUCACACCGAACGCAAAGAAAAUCGAGCAGCAUAAACAGAAGCAGGAGCGUCGCAGGAAGGAACGCGAAUUGCGCGAACGGCAGGAGCGUGUCCGCAAGGCACAGGAAGCGAAUCGUAAGGCAGCAGAAGAAGGUGCCGCCGCUGGUGGUGGUGGUCCGGGAGGAAUGCCCGAUUUCGGUGGUGCCGGUGCAGAUAUUUUCAGUGCUUUCCGCGAUCCGGAAGUGUCAGCGGCCAUGAAAGACAUUUUUGCAAAUCCGGCCAACAUUUCCAAGUACACCAACAAUCCCAAAAUCAUGAACAUCAUCAUGAAGAUGUACUCUCAGUCGGGACAGGGCGGUUUCCCUGGCUUCCCCGGUGCAGGCGGUGGUGCGGGUGGUUUCCCCGGGUUCCCGAGUGCGGCCGGUGGUGGUGGUGCCGAUGCCGGUCCAGGUGCAGGAGCUGGCGGUUUCCCCGGAUUCCCUGGAUUCCCUAACUUUGGUGGACCUGAUGCUGGAGCUGGACCAGGAGCGGGACCAGGAGCGGGAGCAGGAGCAGGAGCAGGAGCCGGUCCUCGUCCGGGUGCCGGAGCAGGUGGUAAAGGUGGCGCUCGUCUCGAUGAUCUAGAUUAAUUUCGGCCUGGCGCGACGCACGGAAGACGAGAAGCGUAGGACACCAACUGGAUUUUAUAUUCCCCUCUCAGCACACCUAAAGCCAUACCAGAUUAUUAGCGAGUUCCGAUCUUCAUCUCCAAGAAACGACGAAGCUUAUGAAAACUUCCGUCGGUUAAAUGCAUCAGAAAGAAGAAUCUGGGACGUAAGGGACAAACGAGCAGCAUUUGGAACACUUCCCGUACCCUCGCUCGCAUUGCUCUAUAUAUAUUGUUAAUCCGUGAGUCUUGUAGAGGGCUUGAACAAUAAAACAAAACUUCACUAAUUAAUGGAACAUUUAUUGCUUCUUC